CCAUAAGAUGCCUGUGGUACCCUUGUACUCAUAUUCUUAAGUCAUGGAAAAUACAAGAGACAUCCUAAUGAUAUAUGGAGAAGAUGCUGAGGAAUGGGCUCUGUACUUGAGGGAAGUUUUUUUACAUGUUGUGAAAAGGGAAGCGGUCAUGUUAUACCACUUGGAGAAUUACUCUUUUUGGGAUUUGGAAUUGCUGAGUUUAAGCUCUUACAAAUGUAAACUUUUGAUAUUAUCAAAUAGCCUGCUUAAAGACCUAACCCCAAAGACAUGUCAGUUUCUGGAAAAGAUACUUCAUUCACCAGAAAGCGUGGUUACUCUGCUGUGUGGGGUGAAGAGUUCAGACCAGCUCUACAAAUUACUAAAUAUCGCCGGAGGCAGCUGGGAGAUGUCUACUGAGCAGGAACCCGAAGAUUACAUCGCUGUAAUCGAGAGUAUCAUAUUCAGAGGUUCUGAUGACUACGUUGAGGUCAGUAUUCCAGUGGACCUAAAAGUAGAACAUUCCAGGGAAAUAAGUAAGAGACAGGAAUCUGAGGAAUUAUCGAAAGCUUCAAGAGACACCAUACCACAGGCAAUUGUGCUUCCUGCUGAAAUUCCAUGUGAGAAUCCUGGUGAAAUAUUUAUUAUUUUGAGAGAUGAAGUCAUUGGUGAUACUGUGGAGGUUGAAUUUACAUCAAAUAGCAAAUGUGUUAGAACACAGCCAACCCGUUGGAAUAAGACAGUCUGGUGUAUGGAAGCUUUAGAUUUUCCUCCUGGGUCUGUCAGUGUCCAUGUCUACUGUGAUGGAGUCAUUAAGGCCACAACAGAGAUUAAGUAUUCUACACCAGCAAAGGCCGUGGAAUGCCUACUGGGAGGGGCAGGUCCCGGAGAUGGUACGCGCCAGAAAGACAUUGAUGAACUUGAUGAUAUUCUCACAUCUGUAUUCAAGCAUGAGAUACCAUAUUAUGAGUUUCGAUCAUUCCAACCUGAAAUCAACCCUCAAAAAGAAUACACUCAUUUCAAAGAACUUCCAACCCUUCUCCACUGUGCAGCAAAAUUUGGUUUAAAGAACUUAGCUCUUCAUUUGCUUCAGUGUUCAGGAGCAACGUGGGCGUCUAAGAUGAGAAAUUUCGAGGGUUCAGAUGCAGCAUGUAUUGCUGAAAGGCAUGGUCACAAAGAGCUCAAGAAAAUCUUUGAAGACUUCUCGGAAUGGAAAACAAGAGUUAAGACAACAGAAGUUAGCAGAAAUAAUGAUCAAGAAAAUGACUAUGAAGAUGAUUUUACUUCAAUAUUUGCAUAUUCUCCUACCAUACAGAACCCAGCAUUUCAGCCUGAAAGCGGACAGUGUGCAGAAGGAGCUGAGGCCGAUGAACUGGCCAAGGAAGAUAAAGAGAAUGAAUUGGGCACCGAGGCUGAGCACAGCCUCACAGAGGCUGGAGUUGGCACUUCUGUGAACGAGUAUGAUGAUGACUUGUAUGUGUUCAUUCCCGGAGACAAUCCAGAACAUGACUCCCGACAGCCCCUCCUGAGCAACAGACCACCUCUUCCCCCACCACGACCUGUAGCUCCUGCCUUCCCGCUGGAAAAAACGCAUGGCACGUUACAGGCAGGGAAAAUGGUGGAAGGCCAAAUGGAAAGAAGUCAAAGCUGGUGUGAUCUCGGAGCAAGACAAGAAAUAGGAGGUGAAGCCAAUGAAGAAGAAAGGAGAGAAAAUGAAAUAGAGAAGGAGGAAGACCCAUAUACAUUUGCUGAGAUUGAAGACAGUGAUUAUGACAUGAUAUUGGCCAAUAUGAGUACAAAGAAAAAAAUUGGAAGCCGGUCUUUUAUUAUAAACAGACCUCCUGCUCCUACACCCCGGCCCACAAAUAUCCCUCCAAAAGAGGAAACCACACCUUACAUAGCUCAAGUGUUUCAACAAAAGGCAGCCAGAAGACAAUCUGAUGGUGACAGAUUCCACGGUCCUAAGAGACAAGACAGGGCUCGGCUGGAGGGCCAGGCCUUUUCCACUGUAGACUGCCUUGCUGCUGGGCAUGAAGAGCUCAUCCUUCUGCAAGAGAAAGUCAAGAAUGGGGAACUGUCUGUGGAUGAAGCCCUAGAGAAAUUUAAACGUUGGCAGAUGGGAAAGACUGAACUAGAAAUGAUUCAGCAGGAAAAGCUACGCCAACUACGAGACUGCAUCAUUGGGAAAAGGCCAGAAGAAGACAAUGUCUCUGAUAAACUCACCAUUGUGCAUCAUCCAAAUGGUAACGAAAGUUCCCGCAAUGAAAAUACAUUAUAUAACACACCCUUCCGCAAUAAGCUUCCUACUCGACUCCAAGUUGAAAAGGAAUUUGGUUUCUGUGGCAGAAAAGAUUACUAAAGAAGGUUAUUAUAAUGAAACCCAAAACUCUGCAAACACUGUGCUUUCUGGGUAAAGCAUGCUUGCAUUUGGAUUGCCUGCUGUCUUCAGGGAAAAUACUAUACUAUAAAAACAAAAGCAAAGUUCUGGAUUUCAGAAUUUGUCAUUGCCACAAUUUAUUGGCAUUAACCUGCUUCAGAUAGGUACAUCAAGAUUCAAACUGAAUGCCAUAAAGCAAUUCUUUGACAAUUCUUGCAUUUUACAAUGCAUUUUGCCACUCAUGCAGCUGUUUUCCAUUUUGAAAAUGAAAGGAAAGCAAGAGCAGAGAAGUGAAAAUUGCUCGAUAGCAAAGCUAUUGUGCCUCUUUGAAGCACUCACCUUAGCAGUUUACUCCUCUAUCUUUAGAAUGACCAUGAAAAUACACGUUUGUUUUAUCUAUCUUUGCCUUUUAAGUAGCUGGUCCAUUUUCCGAAUUUCUGACAUUCAAAUCACUAAUUAUUAUUGUCAUAUGAUGUUUUCAGAAACUUUCCCUUAGUGCCUAUUUGCAUAUAAUCUUGAGAAUAUUAUUUUUUACUUUCUAUAUCUCAAAUUAAUAUACGUUUCCACAACAGUUAAGAGGCUUACAAUUUCAGCAACCUAUUUCUUAGAAACAACUUACUAACAUAGAAUAGAAUCCAGUGUUAUCAUUCUGUAGUUCCCAUGCACAAUUCCUUCAAAUAAAAUGAAUGUUUAAAACUGUGUCUGGCUUUUCAAAAUAAAUGCAUAAUAAUUAACUACUAAA